UCGCUGAAGUAUAACAAAACAAGGAGCUAACUGGUCAGACCGUCGAAUACGUAUUUUCGACUGUGGACGAUUUCGAGUCGCUGGAGUUAACGUUAACUGCUAUUUUUAGUUAAAAAUUGCAUCCGAUAAGUCGGGAACGGCGAGUUUAAGUCGCGACUAUGUGGUGUAUGGGGACAAGCAUCCAAGAGCGUGGAAUUUAGUGACGAAAACUCGGAAAUCGGGUGAAAAACUCCAGAUCGAAAAUCAACAUAGCCCACACCACUGCACCAUAUGCACAACACACAUUCGAAAGAUUAAGUUUACUAGCGGUAGUUCAGUGAUUGUCAACUUGGAGUAAAAAAGGGAUAGCCAAUCAGGAGAAAGGAUAACGCUAAAGGAUGGCUUUGCCAAAGAAAAUUAAAUGUUUUAAAUAUUUGGUUUACAGUUAUGUGGUGCUCCUAGCGCUGACCGGAGCUGCGCAGAUAUUUCUGGGCACAUCCCUGCUUUGGGGCCACUCGGUCUACUAUGGAAUUGUGCAAAACAAACUGUGGGCCCCGGCUGCGAUCCUGCUCUGCCUGGGACCCGUCACCUUCAUUCUCUGUUGGAUGGGCUGCCAGGCCACCAACCAGCGGAAGCGCUGCCUACUGGGAAUGUUCGCCGCCCUUCUGGUUGCCUGCAUCUGUGUUCAGUUCAUUAUCUGCGGCUGGUCGCUGGCUAUGCGGGAGAAUCUCCCCACCUCCGUGGAGAUCUUCAUCGACGACUCCUUCGUCGAGUUCCUGGACAAGUUUUCGCGCACCAAGGUGGACAAUCUACACUUGUGGAAUCGGAUGCAGUCGCAGUUGCAAUGCUGCGGUGUGGACGGACCCCUCGAUUACCGCCGACUUUCGCUGCCCUGGUCCUGCUGCUCGCGUCCUGAGCACGCCUACGAGUCAGCAUGUGAUACCCACUAUAAACGCGGCUGCCUGGCCGUCGUCUCUGAGCAAAUCAGAAACCGCCUGCUGAUCACCGCCUUCGGAGCUGCCAUCAUAGCCAUUUUCCAGAGCCUGGGAAUCUUCUGUGCUGUUCACCUGACCAUUCUGUUCGGCAAGAACGACAACACCCAUCCCAUCAACAUGAACCGGAAAAAGAAGCAGCAGCAGUUCUUACCGUUGACCAUACAGGACAAGCGGCAUGGGCACGACAUGCCCUCGCCCAUCAAUCUAUCUCCUUCGGCACCAGGGCAGCGGGUUUUAAAAACUGCUCUGCCCUCGGCCAUGCACAAAUGACAGACGAUUAGCUUUUAAGAUUGCAAAUUUAUGGAAACUCCAAAGAAAAAGUAUAAAAAAAAUGUUGUAAACUGAGAUGGAAUGAAUAUAACUGUGACCCUCAAUGUUACGUUAUGGUAAUUUUAAACAAUUUACUGUUCAAGAAAAGAAACAACAUUUGAAUUUGGAUUAACUCUCCAGUAGUUUAAUUAAAGCUUAAAAACAAUUGGA